AUGAAGAUGAAGACACAACGAGAUCAUGCAAAGGAGAUCGACCAGCUCGAAGCAAAAGCCUACGAAAUUGAGAUUGGCAUUGGUAACACUGACGAGCUAGAAGGCCAAUGUGAUGACCUACGAAAGCGAUUCGACCAAGUAGUCAUAGACUACGGUCAGGCUGUCAAUGAACAGGAAAGCGUUCCGACAGCGCUGCGCUACCUUAGUACGGCUGCUAUGACUGGAACUCAGACUCCCCGACCUUCACUAUCCCUCUCCGAUGCUCGGAAGCCCUCUAAGAUGCCUGACGCUCUAAUGCUAGACGAUGGUAAAACUGUAAAGUUCAAAACCUGGAAGAACAAGAUCAGAACCAAGUUGCUAUUGAAUGAUGAUCACUACCCGACUAUGGCUCACAAACUGGCUUACACGCGUAGCCGUUGUAUAGGUAAAGCGCUCCGUCACAUCGGUCCUUGUAUGCACCUAGAGGCAACGUACGCCUAUAAAAGCGUCGACAACGUUGCCCGAGACCAGUAUCUCGAACUCAAAAUGAAUCACCGGCAAGACUUUACUGAUUUCCUAGCUGAAUUCACUUCCCUUGCGGAGGAAUCCGAACAGCCAGAGGAACUCCGCAAGCGCGACCUAUACCGAAAGCUUCCUACCCUACUCCAGAAGUAG